AUGCAGCCUGCGCCUAUUGCUCAUAUAUCGCUAACAAUAAAAACCUGUAACAAUCAAAAGUCACUGAAAGAUUUCACCGAAUUUUUAUAUUCAAACGUGUGUCAAAAUUCUCCGCAGAAGAAUUAUGAGGGUUUGCUAAAGGUUCUCCAUAGAGAUUUAGCUAGGUACAUUCAGGGUUUGUUUUUGCAGCCAGUUUUGAUAACGACUGGAGCAGCGCGUUCGCGCCUCUUCUCCAACGCGUGUCCUUCAAGAGUCGGCCGGGGCGGCGGCUCGGAGGCGGCGGCGCCCAAGUGUCCCGCGAUCUGCACGCACGGCGAUAAGCAGUGUCCACCACUGGUGCCACCCGUCGUCCGACAAAGCCGGCCAAACGAGCCCAACCAGGUUCCUGCCGCCGCACUCUUCGCCUACAGACUCUUCCUAUUCGGUGCGAAGGUCGGAGUGGGCGCGUUCUGUGUCAAGUGGACGCUGGACAAUAGCGUGUGGGGCCCGAGCAGUGAGACGCGGGCACUUUGGGACCAGUGGGGCCCUGGCGCCCUCAUCACCUUGAGUGGCGCCGAUGCCCCCUGCCGGGCGUCGACUUGGAACCGCGCAGUGGUGGCCGCCUUUGACGGCGUGCAGCGAGCGGCUACGGCCGUCGGCCGCCUCGCCGCCGACGCGGAACGAGCCGCCUACGAGUCCUCAGCCACUUGCGUGCCCGGACCCUGGCACUUCCGGACGAGGACGACACACCCUGAGCACGAGGCACCUUUCGUUGAGGCAGUGGCCGACGGACAGUGCCACCUAGCAGCCGUAAUCAUCCAGCCAGGCAACCCUGAGAUCCACAGAGAUGAAAGCCGGCCACUCCCCGAAGUGCCGACCAAAGAAGAGACCAAUCUGCCAACCACGGAUGAAGCGGAGCUGGUGGCCAUGGAAGAGGCUGAGGAGGCGGUAAAACAGAGAAUCAUCAAAAAGGAGGCCAAAGAGGUGCGUGUCACCUGUUGUCAGCAGGCGCACCAGGCGCACCCUGAGUCCGAGAAAACGACCUGACGAUUGUUCUUGCUCUGAAUAAACCUUGAAAUUCUGCCCGGAAAGGAAAA